UGCCUGCCUGGGUGAUGCCAAUUUUUUUCUGAUUCCGUCACGUGAUCUAACUGGUCAUGGUGGGGGCUCCCAAAUUUUCACCGCCCUCCACCGUAGAUUUACUGCCGAGCAGGGUUUGAAAUUCGCCCACAACCUGGAGCGCAAAACUUGGCUGGUGUUGCGAAUCUACUCAAACGACCAAAAAACAGCAGCGACCAGAACUGAACGCAGUAUUCCUCACCAUUAGAAUCACAUAGUUGUUCUACUGGAAGACGGUCAUCAUGUCGAAAAUCACCGUCGCCGGAGUGCGUUCCAACGUUGGCGAGCUCCUUGAGUACUCGCUCGAGACCAAGAAGCGGAACUUCCUCGAGACCAUCGAGCUGCAGAUCGGCCUCAAGAAUUAUGACCCCCAGCGUGACAAGCGUUUCUCGGGCACCAUCAAGCUGCCCGUCGUCCCCCGCCCCAACAUGGCCAUCUGCAUUCUUGGUGACCAGCACGAUCUCGACCGCGCCAAGCACGGCGGCAUCGACUCCAUGUCGGCCGACGACCUGAAGAAGCUCAACAAGAACAAGAAGCUCAUCAAGAAGCUGGCCCGCAAGUACGACGCCUUCAUCGCCUCAGACUCGCUCAUCAAGCAGAUCCCCCGUCUGCUCGGUCCCGGUCUGUCCAAGGCCGGCAAGUUCCCCACUCCGGUCUCGCACGCCGACGACCUGAGCGGCAAGGUCACCGAAGUCAAGUCGACCAUCAAGUUCCAGCUGAAGAAGGUUCUGUGCAUGGGUGUCGCCAUCGGCAACGUCGGCAUGACCCAGGAGCAGCUCGUCGGCAACAUCAUGCUGGCCAUCAACUACCUCGUCUCGCUGCUGAAGAAGGGCUGGCAGAACGUUGGUAGCCUGACCAUCAAGGCUACCAUGUCGCCCCCCAAGCGCCUGUACUAAGCAGCCCGACUAGACGUCUUUGUCCUGGACGACGAUGACGGGACGAAUUGCUCAGGAACCGCUCUGGUGGGAAGAUUGAUGAAUGGAUUGGAGGGGAAAAAACGCUGCCACGCGCCGCUCACGCGCAUGGACGAGGAGCAGGACGUUCCAGAAGGACAGACACUCCGACGAGCUAGCUAUCUCUCAACCAAAUCAGACAAAAUCAUCCCCCGCACUCAAGUCCAUCGAUCAU